CAAAUGAUGGUCACUAUCCCAUGGGAAUGGCAGAAUCUGCAUUGUCUUUCUCUAGACAUUUCUGACAGCAUGGAGUAGCAUUAGUAGUCUAAAUGUUGAGUUGCGCUCUCUAAAUUCUAUUCAUGGACGUCAGUUGGCAAAAGGCAGUGCAUUUUAGAGGACUGACUGAAGAGCUGAAGACCAAUUUUGGACACUUACAACUGGCCUAGUGCAUGAGCAUGGACAUUUAAAAAUACAAGUGAAUUAUUAUCAUUAUUCAUUGGUCAAGAAAUUAAAUCAAUCAAAAAUUGUCUUUUAAAUGGUUUGCAGCCAUUGAAAAAGAUACUAUGACAAUCUAAAUAGAUUAACUUUUUUUUUUGUAAAAGAUUUAUCAAAAAAAUAUCCAAACUUUCUAUGUAUUGUGAGUAACUGUAUUUUAAUUAUAUGCAGCAUAAUUCUGAAAUGUAGAUAUUUUUUGGGUGUAGGUGUCACUGGUUGUUUACAGCCUUUGACAGUGGUUAUACUGGUAGAAUCACACAUACAUGUAUUAGGUAGAAAAAGAGAAUGAUAAGAUUCUUGGAAUCUGUGUGUCUUUCCAAACAAUCUUUUUCAAUAUUUAAAUUGCUCAACUGGGAGACAAACUUCCUGAAGGCACACCAUAUUGCUCAAGUUGUAUUAUUCACUUUUUCAAACAAUUAUCUGCCAUAUGCAAUGUUUAUGUAACAUACAUUUUCUAUUAAUGGCACUUCUGUGUCAAUUUCCUUGUAUUUUUUAUAUAUAUCAUGAAUUGUAAUGAAGGAAUUUAUUUCCUUGUUAACUUUGCUUUUAAAUCACAAGCUUGAUGUAACUGCAGUCAUUCUGAGACUUAAUUAUGUGUACAGUAAUGUAUUAAUCUUUAUUUGAAAUAUUGAUAUUUUUCCCAUUAAA